AUCAAGCAAAACCACUCACUAUUCAUCAACUGCUGCUCCUCCAAAUUAACCGAAAACUCCCUCUCCCCCCUCAUCUCCCUCAACGCCACCACAUGAAACCUCACACACCUCUCAUGACACUCCACCGCCACCUCCCCCUCCUCUCUCUGCAUCACAAAAUCACUCCUCACCGCCCUCGUCCUGUCUCUCAAAAACGCAUACGUGCGCACAAACCCCUCCCUAACCAUCAACUCCCCAAACAAAUAAUCCAACGUCCCUUUCAACACCCUCGGCGGCCUCAAAUCCGAAGGUAACGUCUUAUCCCCCGCAGCGCGUUCGUACGCUUUCACAGCGUGGGGGUGUGACACGCGUUUGGAGUGGGGAGGGGGGAGGGAUUCCCAAGGGAACAAGUUGUUCUCGCGUUCGCGCCGGUAGCGCUCGAACCGCGGACACAUGUCGGGGCAGGUCCCGACGAGGGUGAUGGCGUCGGAGAGGCGUUUCGGGACGAGGGGGUCGUCCAUGAGUCCCGCGCGGAUGAGGUGGAGACGUUCGGAUUCACGGGAUUUGACGAGGGCGUGCCAGAAGAGGUCGCGGUCUUCUUGGGAUUCGAGGAAGGGUUCGGAGGAGGGGGAGGGGACGGGGAAGAGGGAGAUUGGGGGGUCUUUGUUUUCUUUCUCUAUCUUUUCUUUGUCUUCCCCCUCGGAGGACUUGUCAUCCAACUCCCUAACGAACUUCUUCGACCCAAACACACCGCCUCUUCCUCUUCCUCUCCCUCUUCCCCUUGCGUUUGCAUUUGCAUUUGCACCGCCAGCGACCCAUUGUUUAUUCCGAUGCAUCCCUGGACCACCUGGUCCUACUCCUGGUCCUACUCCUACUCCUGGUCCUGAACCUACUCCUGAACCACCUGGACCACCUGGACCUGGACCUCCACGACCUGCCCCACCAAACACCACCGAAGAAGUUCCACUACCACCACCAUUACCAUUACCAUUCCCACUCCCACUACCAUUCAUAUUACCAUUACCACUACCACUCGACACAUUCCCACUCGCAUUCCCACCCCCAUCCCGAGGCGUCUUCACAUCCCCAGACACUCCGAAUCCGUCUCCGCUGGCGGGCAUGUUCUAUGGAGUUUUUGUGGAUUUUUGGGGGAUUUUUGGGGAUUUCGAGGAAGGAAGGUGUUUUCGAGGAUUUCGAGGUUUUCGGGGAAGGUGGUAUGAGAGGAAGGUGUUUUCGAGGUUGAGUUUGGGUUGACGAGGAAGGUGAGUUUUGAGCUUGGUGUACGAGAGGGUACGAGGAAGGAAGGAAGCAAGGUGAGUGAGUGAGUGGCACAACCCGAACACGCGCGCGUAACAGCGUAGAGGCGUAGUGAGAAAACACCGAAAGAGACACCUGAAAACCGUAAACCGUAAACCAGCAACCUGAAAACAAGC